UAACAGUGUUAACUACCUUCCUCAAUUCUAACACUAUUGAAAUCGAAAGAGGAAGUUUAAACCUAUUUAAGUUUUGAAAAAUUCAAUUAAAAUGUUUUGUAUAGUUUAACAAACAUUCUCAUCUAAUAUGGCUUCGAACAGCAGGAUAGGUCAGGGUCCUACAUCAAUCCCUGUACGUGCUGGUGCCUUCAAAGAACGUUUGCUGGUGGCUGCCAUUGACUUUGGUACAACAUACUCAGGGUAUGCUUUCCAAAUGCGAAACCACUUCGAGUCUGAUCCAUUGCAGAAAAUAAUAGCAAAUAACUGGUCAUCAUCCUCGGCUCAGAUCUCUCACAAAACACCAUCUUGUAUACUGUUUGAUAAAGAUCAACAGUUUCAUUCAUUCGGUUAUGAUGCCGAACAGAAGUACAAUGAUUUGGCUGCCGACGGAGAGCAUUGGAGCUGGUAUUUUUUCAAGCGUUUCAAGAUGCUUCUGUAUAAGGAUGAGGCAUUAACACGCGAGACAAUUCUCCAAGAUGACAAAAGUAUGGACAUGCCUGCAAUGACUGUGUUCACAGCAUCUAUAAAGUAUCUGAAAGACCAUAUGAUAAAGACUUGUGAAGCUGCUAAAACAGUUGUACGACCCGAAGACAUCCACUGGGUAAUUACUGUGCCCGCAAUCUGGACCGACUCUGCAAAACAAUUCAUGAGAGAGGCCGCAAUAAAUGCAGAGAUUCACACAGAUAAGAUUUCUCUUAGUCUCGAACCUGAGGCAGCCAGUCUGUUUUGCAGAUAUCUUCCUGUUGAAAGAGUUGCUGGUGUGAAUCAAACUGAAAUCAGAAGCUUCAGUAUCGGGGACAAAUACAUGAUACUUGAUUGUGGAGGCGGAACUGUUGAUAUGACUGUACACGAAAUACAGGAAGACAGCACAUUGAGAGAACUGGCUAAAGCAAAUGGUGGAGAAUUUGGUGGUACUAAGGUGGAUGAGAAGUUCAUUGAAUUGCUCAACGACGUAUUUGGUCCCGACGUGAUGGAAGUGAUCCAGCAACGCUUCAGGGAAGACUAUCUAGAUGUGAUGCAAAGCUUUGAAAUUAAGAAAAGAAGAGUUUCUCAAGACCUUAACGGAACUGAAACAUUCCAAAUACCAGUUUCAUUUACUGAUACAUACAAAGAGCUUAACAACAUAGCUAUUGAGAACAGAACUAGUAUUCCAGACAGACUGAAAGACAAAAUCACGUUCAACAAAGACAAGAUGCGAGUGGAUGCUGAGGUUGUAAAGGACCUUUUCACUGAGGUUUGCGACCAGAUAUCUGGUAUUGCGAAGGAGUUUUAUCAGUCUGUUAGCAGUCACAGGGUUGAAAAGAUCCUAAUGGUUGGUGGAUUCAGUGAAUCCCUGAUGCUUCAAGAAAAGGUCCGAAAAACGUUUCCAAGAGUACGUGUGAUAAUUCCCGAGGAAGCAGGACUUGCGGUCUUGAAAGGAGCUGUCCUAUUUGGGCAUAAUCCAAAGAUGAUCACAGCUCGUGUAUGUAAAUAUUCAUACGGUAUAUGCGCAUUCAAGCAUUUUGAGCCAGGCAUCGACCCACCCGAAAAGCGAGUCGUCCAAGGGGACAUAGUUCUAUGUAAGGACUAUUUCAGUAAGCAUGCAACGGUCGGACAGGAAUACAAGACCGAAGAAAAGGUAUACACUCAAGAAUACGUUCCGUCUGACGCCAGCGGAUCAAGAAUGGAGGUAUGGGUAUACACGUCCCCCAGGAGGCACCCUUUGUAUGUGGAUGAAGAGGGAAGUAGAAAAAUAGGAGAAAUCAGUAUACCUCUGCACGACGCAACUGGCAAAGAUAAUCCUGUAGUUGUUCAGUUUGAGUUUGGCAACACCGAAUUAAAGGUCAAGGUGAGAGAAACAAAAACGGGACAAGAGAAAGAAGCUGAUUUUGAUCUGCUAAGGAUGUAAUCAUAGAUAUGAAUAAAUAGGUUGUGCUUAAAGAACGUAGUUAUGUUAAUUCUUCAUGUUCCGGACACUUUUUGCUAUCUUGUAAAAUUGUCUUAAAGCCUGAUUUUUCAAAUCUUGAGAAUUUACUUAGAAAAAAUGGCAAAUAAAAAGGUUGGGUCAAGUUCUUGAUUUAUUGCUGAACAGAUUUGAAAAAUUUGUAUCUCACGAAAGGUUUUCAAAUGUGCGUCUGUUUUAUAUCAUUUUCGCGAAUAUAACUUUUGCUACAAAGCAGAUUGUCAUGAAAUUUUUUACAGUUGCAGACAUGUUGUCUAUUUUAUGAUCAAAUAGUUCCGUGUGCUUAUCAUUUAGACAGUUGUCCAUGGUUUUAGAGAUCCUGAUAUUUUAAAAAAUAUGUGUAAAAUGUUUAUUAUCGUUUUAUAACUUUAAGAAAUUUAAAGAAUGUAAUGUUGACUUUUUUGAUAUAUGUACACAAGGGUAGACAUUUAAACGUAGGAUGAUUUACCCUUUCAUGCGCCGGGUCCAAGCUUAAUUUUUUGUUAUCACGAUAAUUGACGUUUCGUUAUAUCUUCCAAUUUAUGAAAUAUGCGGAACUAUAUUUUAUAGAUAUCAAUAUAUUUCUUUUUAAAACGGUAUUUGUUGACGUUCAUCAUAGCAAAAUGUUUAUGAUAGAAGUACUUUUUAUUAAAAUUUCUAGUUUCUAGAUUUUAUAGUGUUUUAUGCGGUGUCACUUUUUUUUCUGGCUUUAUUCUCAUUAUUCUAUCAAACCGAUCUAUUUCACCUAUAGAACGUAGGUAAUAAUUUAAAUAACCUGCAGCUCAUGCAGAACAAUUUAAUAGCCUAUUCAAUUUUAACAAGAUCGGCGCUGCCAUAUUUGUAUUUCAGGAAAAAUAUGCUCUUUUCACAAGAGUAUCUCUCCUGACCUGUUAGUAGUCUUGAAACUGACGUAUGUUAUAAAUUAGAGUAUCUUGUCAAAGCUUAAAUCUGCAGAUGUAAAUACAAAGUUAAUACUAACUUGUUUGGCGCUCAGCAUUAAAGGGAAACUAGUUUCUCUUUUCUCAUAUUCUCGUGGUAAAGGAUUCCAUCAGGAAAGAAGGGUGUCGGGAGUGAUUUAUAUAAGUUAUAGAACUUGUUUCACAACUGAUCUAAAAUAUAUUAAUGUAAUGAAUAAUUACUAAAUACUAAUUGAUGUUGUAGAACUUUUGCAUAAUUAUAGAUGUUUAAGUUUUAACAAAAAUGUAUAUUCUAUAUUAUGUAAUCGUCAGUGUGCAAAUUUAUUCAUUGGGAACGUACUGAUCGCCAAGGUGUAUAUAGCUCAAGAUUAGCUAUUGAUUAUAUUAACCAUAACAAAUUAUUCAUUAUCAAUAAUUGACCAUAUUAUAUCAAAUGUGAUCACUCAAAGCACUGAUAUAGAUGCACAAAGUCUAGUACUAUAUUUGGGUUUAGAUAGUACAUACAUGAACUGAUACUAAAUAAUUGUUUCACAAUAUCAACAACUCCAGAAUAACAUUAAGUUAUGAAUGUAGACCAGCAGUUACAGUCAAUUUGUAUAUUAAGUAAAGUUAAAUGCAUUUGAUCAGGAUUGGUUACAUUCGAAAUAAAUAUCUCAAGACAAAAUUUUAAGAAUAUCAAGAUGAUUCGCAUAUCAAUGAUCUGUGAUGGUAUGAUGUCUUAUGACUCGUGUGAAGAUAAAGUGAAUUAAAUGUAUAUAUGCUUUAGGUAGCUUUAUAUUGUUGAAACUUCAUUAUUUCUGUUGAGACUGUAUGUAAUUGGUAAAUGUGAUAUUAUUUUGAUAAGAACGGUGCUGUUUUAUCGAUAAAGGUACAUGUAUAUAUACCUUCCGACAAUAAAAAGUUUCAUUUGAUUUCAUUUUGCUGCGAUAAUGUUUGCAAAAAUAAUUUAAUAUGUAAAUAGUGUUGUUAGCACUUACAUUGUUGUGUAUGUAUUCGUUCUUGACGGAUGAAUAUAAGAUGUGAACAUGCUCAAAUCUUGGUAAAUUGUUGUAUAUCGUUGUAGUUUAUGGUUUGAAAAAAAUAUAUGAGUGUUCAAUAGCCAGAUGUCUUCGAAAAAAGUAUGGCUGUUUUAUCUGAGAUUUACGAAAAAUGUUGUUAUCAGGUGUGUUUCAUUGAUCAUGCUUUUUUUUCAAACGUCUUCGCUAAACUCUUGAUCUGUUUCAAGUAAACUAGAUCCAAUUUUCAUACACCGGUAUAAACCUUUUCCUAGAAAAUAACCACCACCUACAGGUGAAGGAUGUACUGAUCGUCAAGGUGUACAUAGCUCACGAGUUUGGCAACUUAGCUAUAAUUGAUCAUAUUAACCAUAAUAAAUUAAUCCACAAUCAAUAACUGACCAUAUGAUAUCAAAUGAUCACUCAAAACACUGAUAUAGAUGCAUAAUGUAUAUAUAAAUGUCUAAUCUCAAAUUUGGUUUUAGAUAGUACAAACAUAAAACAUGUUUAAUGAAACACAAUAUAAAUGUGAAGUGACACUAAAUACUCGUUUCAGAAUAUCAACAAUUUCUGAAUGACGUUUAGUUAUGAAUGUAGCCCUACAGACACAAUCAGUUUGUAUAUAAAGUAAAGUUAAAUGAGACGCGCCAUGAGAAAACCAACAUAGUGCGUUUGCAACCAGCAUGGAUCCAGACCAGCCUGCGCCUCCGGGCAGUCUGGUCAGGAUCCAUGCUAGUCGCUUACAGUUUCUCUAACUGCAAUAGGCUUUAAAAGCGAACAACAUGGAUCCUGACCAGACUGCGCGGAUGCGCAGGCUGGUCUGGAUCCAUGCUAGUCGCAAAUGCACUGUCUUGGUUUUAUUCACGGCACACCUCAAAUGCAUUUAAUGAGGAGUGGUUUCAUUCGAAGUAAAUAUCUCAAGACAAAAUCUUUAGGAAUAUCAAGGUAAUUCGCAUAUCAUUCAUCUGUGAUGGUAUGAUGUCUUAGGACUCGUGUGAAGAUAAAGUGAAUUAAAGGUAUAUAUGCUUUAGGCAGCUUUAUAUUGUUGAAACUUCAUUAUGUUUGCUAAGACUGUAUGUUAUUGGUAAAUGUGAUCUUAUUUUUAAUAAGAACGGUGCUGUUUUAUCGAUAAAGGUUAUACAUACCUUCCAACAAAAAAAAAAUGUUUCAUUUGGUUUCAUUUUGCUGUGAUUAUUUUUGCAAAAAUAAUUUAAUAUGUAAAUAGUGUUGUUAUAACUUACAUUGUUGUGUAUGUAUUAUUUCUUGAUUGAUUAAUAUAAGAUGUGAACAUGCUCAAACCCUUUCUACCUACAUUUUUGUAAAUCGUUGUAGUUCAUGUAAAUCCUUCUAGUUUAAAUAUAAAUAUAUGAGUGCACUUUCUCUAUUUUAUUAUCACAGCAUCGUUGUUUGUGCCAUGUGGUGGCCGUAAAAAGUCUCCCCGCACAUUCAAUCAGGGCUGUUAUAUUUCGAUCUUCUCAGAACGUUCAGCACGACUUUUAUGUCGUGUUAUUGGUACUGCUUAGUUUCUCAGCAUGACCGUUUCGGCCUGGGUGGUUCCAAUACUCCAGGUUUCAUAGCCAUGGGUAUUGUAUAAUCACCCCUUGGAUAUGGUGCCUGCUUUUUAAUUUUGUCUUUUGACAGUUCCUGUGGUAUGCAGGCUCCAUAACCUCAGAUCCCCCUUCUAAAUUCCAGUUUGUUUAGUUCUGCCCAUUGUUUUCUCGUUUGGGGCAAACCCAUUAUUUUAUCUGGGGACCAUACGCCGCUUUUCAUGAAAUUACAAGCCACAACACGUGUAUCAUUGAAGGUUCCAUGUGCACCGCCGUAUGAAUACAUCUGUGGAUGUCUCUAAAUUGCUUUUUGUACUUCUAGCAUGUGUAGAGGGGCUAGAGGUCAUGUACGGUAGCAUGCAUUUCCACCACCGUCCAUGAACAGGCUCAAUCAAACCGAGCCUGCAACAUUUUCGUUUUUGUCGUGUUGAACUAUCUGUGGAGUUUCCACUUUUUCUAUUUCAAUGUGGAGACGUCUUAGAAAUCAGUAUGACUCUUUUAUCUGAUAUUUACGAAAAUGGUUCUUAGCAGGUAUGUUUCAUUAUUUAUGCAUUUUAUCAAAUGUCUUCGCUAUCCUCUUGACCUGUUUAAAGGUAAAUUAGACCCGAGUAUAUGAGUGUUCAAUAGCCAGAUGUCUUCGAAAUAAGUAUGACGUUUUAUCUGAGAUUUACGAAAAACGUUGUUAUUAGAUGUGUUUCAUUGAUCAUGCAUUUUUUCGAACGUCUUCUUUGCCCUCUCUUAGUCUGUUUAAAGUAUACUAGACCCAAAUUUUAUACACCAGUACAAACCUGUUCCCCGAAAAUAACCACAACGUAGAGGUGAAGGACGAAUUAUAUCAGACGCAGUAUCAUUUAUCAAAUCAUCGCGAGGAACAUAUUCCUCGCCCGGUGAUCGAACUCACGACCCUGCGAUUCAUAGAAUUUCACCGAGUGGAAGGGCUUAUAUAAGUGUGUACUGUCACUAAAACAUGAAAUGUUUUAACAAUUUAUUGUUACGGCAAGACAUUUAAUUAUGAAUGUAGCUCUACAUACACAAAUGAUUUAUGUAUUUAGCAAAGUUAUAAACAACAUACAUAUGAAGCAGUUUAGAAAUACAAGAUUUUUAAGUGAUAUAUUGAUAAAGGAAUGUCCUAUUGGAGUCUAAAAAGACAUACUCACUUGACAAAAAAUAUUUAUCUAGUAUGACAUUCAAAAUGGAUAACAUUCAUCUCAAUAACAGUAAUUUCAUGAAAUGUGAAACGUAAAUUUUUAGAAGGUAUAAGAUAUAUUUACAUAAUGAAUUAUUCAUGCAUGAUAAAACGUGUCGAAACUGGUUCUGAAACCUAAAGAAAACUAUGUGACUUAGGAACAUGAUACCGUUCAAAAGUUUUUCAGUGAAAUGUCUUAAGUUCUGAAUGAUGUUAAAGCAGCAUGCCUCCAGAUCGUUCGACAACAAAAAAAACAACAACUUUUUUUUAUAUAUCUUGAAAUAAAUGCUAUAUUUUCAAGAAGGCUUUAAAACUUAAUUACUGACAAACUUUAUGAGAAUUUGCUGUUUUUACUAUUUUUAUGCCCCCGAAGGGAGGCAUAUUAGUUUUCAACUGUCCGUCCGUUCGUUCGUUCGUUAGUUCGUUAGUCACAACGUUAACAUUUUGCAUUAAGGCACUCGCGAACCACUGCACCAAGGACCUUCAAACUUCACAUGCUGAUAGAACUAAUUAAGUAUACGACCCCUAUUGACUUUGGGAUCACCAGGUCAAAGGUCAAGGUCACAGGGGCCAACGUUAACUUUUUGCAUGAAGGCGAACCACUGCACCCAGGACCUUCAAACUUCACAUGCUGAUAGUAUUUAUUGAGUACACGACCUCUACUGAUUUCGGACCUUCAAACUUAACAUGCUGAUAGUAUUUAUUGAGUACACGACCUCUACUGACUUUGGGAUCACCACCUUAAAGGUCAAGGUCACAGUGACCAAUGUUAACUUUUUGCAUGAAGGCACUUUACUCGCGAACCACUGCACCCAGGACCUUCAAUCUUCAAACGCUGAUAGUACUUAUUGAGUACAUGACCCCUACUGACUUUGGGGUCACGAGGUCAAAGGUCAAGGUCACAGGGGCCACUGUUAACUUUUUGCGUGAAGGCAGUUUACUCGCGAACCACUGCACCCAGGACCUUCAAACUUCACAUGCUGAUAGUACUUAUUGAGUACACGACCCCUAUUGACUUUGGGGUCAUAAGGUCACCAGGUCAAAGGUCAAGGCGCUGCGGGGUCAUUUGUCACCAUUAGUGACAGCUCUUGUUACGAUGAAAAUCGAAAAACGUUUGUCACGCUUUUACUCCUGAUAAACUGUCUGUCCCGGAUAUAAAUAUCUAUAUUUUGAAGUCAUUAUUCUCUACUUCAGCUAUACCGCUAUUGGUAACGACGACCGGAAAAUGUAUUUAUUGCCGCGGCGGUCCGGGGUUCGAUCCCGGCGCGAUCAUAUUUUUUUCCUUGAUUUGGAACUUUGAAAAUAUUUUAGAAACAAAAGUUCAUGUUCUAAUGUUCAUAAUAUGACCAAACUUAAAUUUGAAAGAAAGAUUAUUUUUUGCCAAAUCUGGAGGCAUGCUGCUUUAACAUAGAAGUUAUGUUGGUCGCUGCAAAUAAGGCAUAUGUUAAAGGAAAUACCUGUUUCACAAUUCAGUAAAUGAAUUAGGUAUGAUUUUUAUAUGCAGACUUUGUAACUCUCUGUGUUCUUUAUUAUGGAAGAUGAAUAUGACAAGAAUUUUUCAAAAAGAUGUUUUAUAAAGACCUUGUAAAAGCAGGGUGAAGUCAGUUCAACAUAUGGCAAGCUCUUGAAAAAUAAGUGAUUAUGUACAAAAUAACUGACACGCAUAUACACAUGCAGUCAUCUGACUAGUUUUCCAUGAUAAUAUUAAAUGUGUGCCUUAUAAAACAGUUCAGAUGGUUUUUAUUUCAAUUGUGAUGGAAUUGUUUUUUAUCAUUUCAAUAAUUUGUAGCUUUUUCUAAUGCCUGUUAAGCAUAAGUUCUUAAAGGGAAGGUUGUAUAAAAAUCUCUAGAUAUGAAGCACAGGAUACAUG